AUGUUCGCCCGGCGCCCUGGCUGCGGGCUCGGCGGCCUGCGGCUCACCCCGCUCGGAGUUGGGGCGCGCGGAGCCGGCCCGGCGCGGCCGCACGGCGGAGGCGGAGGCGAGCGGCCGCCGGGCUCCGAGCCCCCGCCCCCGCCAGGCCCCUCGCGCGGGAGCCUGAGGGCGUGGGCGCUGCGGGUGAGCCCGCUCGGCCGGCUGCGCGCGCGGCUGCCGUGCCACGUGACCGUGCGGCCGCUGGACCCGCUCGCCCACCCGGCCGGCGACCGCGUGCUGGUGGCGCUGCGCGCCGCGGAGGGCGGGGCGCGGGCCCCGGGCGGGCUGCGGCUGGAGCGCGGCGGGGCGCCGACGGAGGUGGCGGUCGUGCCGGACGCCCUCGACCCCGGGGCGUCCGUGGACGUGAGCGCGCCUCUGCAGUUUGAUCUGAAUAUCAAGGCAUCAGGGUCUGGUUGUGUAGAAGUCCAAAAUAUUGAGUGUGAUAAUUAUUGCAGAAUUGAAACUGAGCAGGGGACUGCCAUCUUACAGUCUGUUAAGAGUAAAAAAUUACAUGUUCAAACAAAAGGAGGCAAAGUGAUCUGUCUGGGAACAGUUUAUGGAAAUAUAGAUAUUCAUGCAUCAGAUAAAAGUACUGUGACCAUAGAUAAACUGCAAGGAAGUACUGUUAAUAUAUCUACUGAAGAUGGUUUGCUGGAAGCCAAAUAUCUUUAUACAGAAUCAUCAUUUCUGUCUUCUACUGCUGGAGAUAUUACAUUAGGAAGUGUUCAUGGUGAUAUAACGUUACAAAGCAAGAUGGGAAAUAUCGUAGUAGACUCAUCCUCUGGAUGUCUAAAGGCCACAACUCAUCAGGGUGCAAUCGAUGUGUAUGUCAGCCAUCUAGGGCAAGUGGAGUUGAAAUCCCAUAAAGGCUCUAUUCUUGUCAAGGUCGCACCUUCCAUUCAAGCUUAUUUACAGUUAUCAGGGAAAGAGGUUAAUGUAAACUCAGAAGUCCAUGUUCAAGAAAUGACUGAAGUUCACAAAGAGGAUGGCGUAAUUAUUACUGGGCUCAUGAACCAAGCAAGCAAACAUGAAAAAUGGAUUAAGGCCGAUGCCCCAGAAGGCACUGUAAAUGUUAGAAGUCAAAGCUGGUUUCAGUCCCUGAAACUGCAGGACUAAGGAUGGUUUGAAUUAUAUUUAUAAUUUUUAACAAUGACGGGGUGCCUGGGUGGUUCAGUGGUUGAGCAUCUGCCUUUGGCUCAGGCCGGGAUCCCGGGGUCCUGGGAUGGAGCCUGCUUCUCCCUCUGCCUAUGUCUCUACCUCUGUGUGUCUCUCAUGAAUAAACAAAUAAAAAUCUUUGCAAUUUCUAACAAUGAUUAACAGAUCUGUGACUACAAAAUGCAAAAACCAUAGUUCAUCUCAAUGUUGAAAACAACAAAUUGGAGUGAAUGAAUACUGGUGAAUUGUCUUGUGGGGGCCUUUUCAAAAUUUGUACUUAGCUAUUGUAUUUGUUUUCUCUUUCCCUGUCAUGAAACUACACAAACUUACCGACUUAAAAUAACACUUAUUUUUAGCUUACAGUUUUGUAGGUUAAGACACCUGCAUGGCUAUGUUCUCUGCUCAGGGUGGACAAGGCUGGACUCAAGGCAUUAACCAGAAUAUGUUCUCAUCUGGAUGCUCUGGGGGGAAAAAUCUACUUUCAAGCUUGUUCAGAUUGUUGACAAAAUCCAGCUUCUUGUAACUACUACUGAGCUCUCUCUUUUCUUGCUGUCCAUCUGUGAUCAUUUUAAGUUUCCACGGGCCACUCGCAUUCCUCCAUUGUAAAGCCAGCAAUGAUGCAUUCAGUGAUCCUGGUACUUCAAUAUCUGAUCUUGUCUGCAACCAGCUGGAGAAAGUGCUUUUAAAGACCUCACUGGAGGGCACCUGAGUGGCUCAGUGGUUGAGCAUCUGCCUUUGGCUCAGGUCAUGAUCCCGGGGUCCUGGGAUCAAGUCCCACAUAGGGCUCCUCGUGGAGAGCCUGCUUCUCCCUCUGCCUGUGUCUCUGCCUCUCUCUGUCUCUCAUGAAUAAAUGAAUGAAUCUUUAAAAAAAUAAAGGGUCAGUUGAUUAGAUCAGACCUACCUGGAAUAAUCUUUGUUUUGCCAUAUACUGUAACAUAAUCAUGGAAGUGCUAUCUCAUCAUAUUUAUAAUUUCCAUUUACACUCAAGAGGAGGAGAUAUACAAAGGCAUAGGUAAUGGGGGGCAGUUAUCUUAGAAAUUCUUGCGCCAUAGCUCUCUUGUAACAUGUUUGCUACUUAGUACUUCUUAUGACAUCAAUGUAAAUUGAAGCUAUGAAUAAAACACAUCAUAAAUGUGA